UGUCAAUGCAUGUGUGAAUGCUGGGAACUCCUCAAAUGCUCAUGUACUGGACAUGGUUAUACAGGAAGAUGGUAGGUAUUUGCACAACGGUGCAUCAUUUGUGGAUGGGCAGGGAAGUGAUGAUGAUGCUGACGACAACAUCAAUGGUGAAGAUAUGACAGAAUCUAAUGAAGAUGAUGGUGAUACGGUCACGUCAACUGCCCCGUCUACCCACUUUACUAGAAUGUAUGAUCUCCCUGAAGGCUUUACUGAUGCGUGGCUGAGUGGAUCAGGUGAGAAAAGGUUUACCCCCGAAGGUGAGUUUGAGGUCGGUCAAAAGUUUGACAACAAAGAACAAGUCAUCAAUAUGGUGAGCUUGUAUUCUAUCAAAUGAAACCAAUUUUUUCGGGUGAUAGAGUCCGAUAAACACAGAUGGGUGGCACAAUGCGAAAGAAAGAAUGUAAUUGCCCCUGGAGAAUACGUGCCACAAAGAACAAAGGCAACCUUGACACUUUCACAAUUGUGCGUUAUCCUGGACCUCAUUCUGCUACGUGUGUUGGGAACACCGACACUACCGAUCACGUGGCUUUGACUUCAGAUUUCAUCUGUAAAGAUGUGAUUGACAUUGUUCGCACUGAUCCUUCCCUUAAAGUGCAUACUAUCAUUGAGAUGCUGAAGGAAAAGUAUGGGUAUACGGUAUCAUACCGGAGAACAUGAAUGGGGAAGCAAAAGGCCAUAGCAGAAAUAUUUGGCGGUUGGGAGAAGUCAUAUUCUGAAUUGCCCCGUUUCAUGACAGCGCUCCAACAUUCAAAUCCUGGAACUAUUGUGCAGUGGUACCCCACCCCCUAAUACUCCCACAGGUUAUAUGCAGUUUCAAAGAGUUUUUUGGGCAUUCAAGCCAUCAAUACAUGGUUUUAAGCAUUGUCGACCCAUACUUACUAUUGAUGGCACACACUUGUAUGGAAAGUACAAGGGUACAUUGCUCGUGGCCAUGAGUUGUGAUGCGAACAACCAAAUAUUUCCAGUGGCCUUUGCAGUUGUUGAAUCUGAGAAUGGGGAUAGUUGGCCAUGGUUUAUGGUAUGUAUUAGGCAGUUUGUCACUAACCGGGAGUUGUGUGUCAUUUAUGAUCAGCAUGGAGGUAUUGUCAGGGCAAUGAAUGAGGUGGGCAGUACUUGGGAGGAGCCUUAUGCGCAUCAUAGGCUAUGUAUCUGCCAUCUUGCAUCGAAUGUGCACACUCAUUUCAAAGACAUUCAUCUAAAAAAAAUUGUCUGGACCGCACGACAACAUCAGAAAAAGAAGUUUGAUGAUGGGUUCAAGAAGAUAGGUGAAAUGAGUUUGGAGGCACAACAAUUUCUGGGGAACAUUCCCCCGGAAAUGUGGUCAUUGCACCACGAUGGCGGGUACAGAUACGGUACCAUCUUUUCUAAUCUGACAGAGGUUUUCAAUAGCGUGCUAAAAAUGCUAGAUAUUUGCCCAUCACCGCUUUGGUCCAGGUUUCCGUUUACUGGGUUAAUGCUUAUUUUGUUAAUAGGCGUGAAACCAGUAAGAUGAGAGUGACAGAAGGCCACGAGUACUCCCCAUACAUCACAGAUUUAAUUGAUAAGAAUAGAGAGAAGGCCAAGCAUCACAUAGUUACUCCAUUUGAUUUAGGCCGAGGGUUAUUUCAAGUGGAAACCGGUUGUGGUGGCCGAACGUUGGGGAAGGGUGGGAGAAAACAAAUUGUCCAUCUGAAACGGAAAACUUGCACUUGUAAAAGGAUGGAGAUAUAUAAGAUUCCAUGCUCCCAUGUGUUAGCCGUGUGCAGACAACGUAGCUUGUCUUAUGCUCCAUUUGUGGAUAAGUUUUUCUCAUCUGACCAAUACGCGGCCACAUAUCAUAAAGCCUUCAAACCCAUUCGUGAUCGUGAUUAUUGGCCUACUUACAAUGGACCGGAAAUCGUGCAUGAUCCAUCCAUGUUUCGGGCUAAGGGAAGACCUAAAUCGCACGUAUUAAGAAUAAGAUGGAUGAAGGUCCCCGAAGAACGGUUAGAUGUGGAAAAUGCCACCAAACCGGCCAUAAUAGGGCCACAUGUGCGAAUAGAUCAUCAAGACGCGAUGGGGGAUCCAGUGGGUAAGGCAUGCAGGUGACAGCGGAUCCUAGGCCGAGUGAUCAAGAUGACCAUGACAACUUCUACUUUGUCUUUUGUAUUGCAAAUUUUCUUGUACAUCAUUUUAAAUAAUUUACAACAUUUUAGAUGUUGUAGGAACAAUUUACAACAUUUUACGUAUUUUCUCUUGUAUGUUGGAUUUAUGUGUUCGAGUAUGAAUAUUAGAUGAUUAAUUGUUAUGAAUAUUUGAUGAUUGUAC